GGUCAAAGUUCAGGUUUGGGAGGUCUGUCUUCGCUCUUUUUCUGACCUGACAUAUUAAGUGUAAGUUCUUACCUUAGCUUAACACAAUGGCUGGAAUCAGGGAGCCUAGCUUCAUGAAGAGAAGGAUGAAGUCAGAUCUGCAGAUCGUGCGUGAACGUGCAGCUUUGAACUCUCCACACUUUGGAUUUGACCUUUUUUUUUUUUUCACCAGAUUUGUAGAAUAAACACGUUUUUUUUCUUCAUCUGCUAAAGAGCCGUUGAAUUAAUCGGGGACAUCCCGACUCCAGCCUGCGCCGGCAUUUUGGGAGUUUAGGCAUCUGAGCUUUGUCGUCAGUCAAGUUUUUGGCCUGAAUGCCCCAGGAUUACCCUCAGGCUGUAGUUCCUCCUCUGGCCUGCAGGGCAGCAGCAGAGAGCAGCGUCCGGCCGUCGGACAGACCGAGCCUCAGCAUGAGCGACUUCUGGCACAAGAUGGGCUGCUGCGUGGUAGCUAAACCACCGCCGAAGAAGAAGAGGAGGAAGAUUGAUCGCAGCAUGAUCGGAGAACCGACUAACUUCAUCCACCUCACACACAUCGGCUCUGGAGAGAUGGCAGAGGGCCUGCAGCCGUCGGGGUCGGUCCAGGAGCAGAUGAGGUCUAAAGGCCCGAACAUGAACGGCAGGAACAGCCUGUUAUAGCCGGAGUGAUGAUAUCGACCCAGACCAGCUGACCGACCUCUUUCUUCUCCACACUGAGCCUCGCCUCUAGCACGUGACUGCCAGCCAGGUGCUUUGACUCCCUCCUCCACCCUACUGAAGUGCCCUUGUGCAAAGCGCUGAACCCCGAACACCUACAGGAGGCACUAGCCUGAUAUAACUGUGGGGUUUUUACUCACAAAGACUGAUAAUCAGUUCCCAGAAUAAAACUAAUAUUUUUGGUCACUACAGGUUUCCCUGUCAGUAUUAACCUCAUUAGACUCCAUUUCCCAGCAUCCAUUUCAAUGUUUUCAAACAAAUGACAGGAUGUCUGUAUUUAUGAAAGAAAACGUUUUCUGGCUCCAAACUGUUCGAUUUAAGAUUUCACGUUUUUUUGUGGAGUGUUUUUUCUGGACUCCAUUUCGAGGAUGGCCCGUUGUUUAGUAUUCAGCUCCUGAAGGAUCACUACACCUUCUGGGGCUUCGUCAGCAGAUCCUGAACCGUGCGUAUGUUCAGGGAUCACGUGUCCAAAGCGAUUACAUCACCUGAUGUCGUCUCCCAGGACGCUGCUGGUGCUUUUAAAGGACUCUUGUUUUAGGAGACGGGAAAGUCCCAUGAAUGCCUGCUACACUGGACUGCUGUGUGUGCUGGUGCUCUUACAUGUCUGUGUUUGUGGGGACCUGUGUGAUUGUUAGAUCAUGUGAGGACCUGCAGAUUGUGUCAUGGAGGGUCCUCACAACGAUAGAAAUGCAGACAUGCAGGACUGGACCCACAGUCCUAAACCUCCACUAGAAAAACACCAAAAAUUAUCAUUAUUAUUCAAAAAGUUCUCUGUUUUUAUUUUUAACACUUUUUAAAUUCUUCAUCCAAUUACUGUGUUACUCAAACUGUGGUUCAGGGACCCCAGACGGGGCUUCAGAUGACAUAUUUUAGCUCCCUGUUUUUAGCACUGCUUGAAAGGUCUGUUGUAAGCUGUCACAGUUAUUACUGCUUUAAACGUGUGUACUCUUCUGCUGCUCCUGAUUGGCUGUCUCACAUCUGCUCAGUUGUUAUCCAGAUGUUCAGGUUGAUCUCAGCUCACAAACCAAAUUUGUUUAACGUGGUCUUGAAAAAGAUCAUUUUGUAGUUUUUGAAACAUCUGCUGAUGAAAACGUUGAUGUUUCGUGUUUCGUUCCAGCUCUUCUGUCAGAGCUGAAGAUUCGUCCGUAUUUAUUUUUGUAAAUCACACCAACGUGCAGGUUGGUCCAGCUGUGUCCCAGCUCUGUGUGCACCAGCCAAUCCUGUUUCACGUCCAGUUAUUAAAUGUGUUUGCCAGUGAGAGCCAGCGCUGAUUGUUUCUGCUCGCACACAAACGCAUCACGAUGACAGUGAGCCACGUCUUAUUGCUCGAUUUAUUCGAGUCGCGCCGUUCAUGAACGCCAUCCUGUGCCCGGAUGCUCUAACAGCAGCGCUGACUCGUCAGGGGAAACUGACUGGUUACCGCGGAAACCACAGAGCGACAAUGGCGACGACAGGAGCGUAAGUGCCCGAGCUUCUGGUGCAUUCAUGAACUGUGCAGAGCGUGGGAGGAGUUAUUGCUGAUCCUUGUAAAAGUAUUUGACUCGGCUCGUUCCAGCUUCCCGCUGAAAACGUUUGUGUUCACAAACAUGCGGUGUCAACGCUGCCGUUCAACCAGCGCCAGGAACGCCUCUGACCCGUGUCAACACUCGACUUGAAACCUGAACGUGUUGUACUUUGGUUCAAAGACAGGGACUGUUUCAAACAAAGGAAGGAUGGGUCUCUGAUUCCAACACGUUCACCCGGGACAAACUGUUUUCCUGUGGAGCGUCGUUGUUUUGGAUCAUUGUAGCUCCAGAAACUGUUGCUCUCAUUUAGACUCAUGCUGGGAGCCUGAACGUCUCCUCCACCAAGGCCUGAAGAAGAUCAGGAUGUUUUCUUAAGAUCAAGAUGUUCAGCCUGAGAUGUUUCAUUGUGAAUUUUUUUCCAGACUAGUUGAAACUCACAUCUUCUUCCUUUUUUGUGUCAUAUCAGACGUAUUUGAUCCUCCUGAGAGAAAAUGUUCAGGCCGCUCUGAACGCUCAGCUUCCAUCGUUCUACUUUUAUAACUCUGCAGGUUUCCAGACACUGACCAAUGAGAAGACAGCGGGAUUUAGGGAGGGCUGUCUUAAAGAGACGGGAGCAUACGAGGGAUUGUUGGGAUCUGGGAGUUGUGCACAGAUAAUGAUUUGAUUACAAAAAUCUGACCGCGUCAGAAACCGUCCUGACUGCGGUUUACAAAGCGUCUCCAGGCUGGAGUCGACGUCGUGGCUCAUUCUCGCUCUUGGAUUCUGGGAAAUGAAGCCUCUUCCUGUCGACAGUCCCUUCCCUUCAGGUGGAAACCACCGAGUGUCACGCUGUGCUUUUAUUUUGUGAUAGACGCUGAUUCUAUUGGUGCAUAGAGAGUACUGAUCACAGCUUCUCUGGAAGAGCCUCGGUGGGAACGCUGUCCAAAACCAGUCUUCAUCAGAACAACUUUUACUUUUGCAGCUGUUUGUGGUCGGGCACUGAUAAACUGAUGUCAGCCAAUCAGCAGCCUCCUGCAGCUGCGCUGGGAUUAAAGUGAAUGCAAAUGAUUGGGCAGAAGAGUUUUAAUGGAUUUCUUCUGAGCUGUGUUCACGUUUGAUUGGCUGAGGGAACUGUCAGUCAGCGAGCUGUGGGGGUUUUAAAGCUGCGAGCGUGAAACAUGACACUUCCUGCUGGUCCAAUGACGGUCUGCCCACCCGGCGAGAUCUGAGGAACGAGCUGAAGCUGAAGCUGAAGCUGCUUCCUGCUUCCGUUACGUGCAGAUGCCUGAUGUGAAACUCUUCUGUGCACUGAGUAAUAAACUGGAUCAUUAGACUCGUGAGCCUGGCUCGGUUUACGAGGAUAUUUGUUCAAAGAUCUGGACGGUUUUAACUUUGCAUGCAGGAAAAGUCACGUUAAUGAAAUCUCCAGCAGCUCCUCGUGUUUACGAAACCUGACUUUGUCACAUCAUCUCCACCGCUGUAAAAACCGAGAUCACAGGUUAUUAAGGAAACAUUAAAGUGAUAUGAAUGA